CAACUUUUGUAUACAACCAUUCCGACGAUCUAUACGACUAGCUGCUCCUCGCUGCGGUAUCUUCGUGUUGCUAGUGAAUUACUCGCAUGGUGUGUUCGCCACGAAGCGCCAACGCCGAAACAGUCGGACGGUCUCGAUUCGUUUCGCCGGGAUUGUUUUGGUUCGCUCUAUUCUGCUCAAAAGUCCAGCUCCUUGCAAUUCUUGAUCUCUCCCGGCAGCUCCAGCGGCCGCUCGAUGCUCUGGCAGAACUUGUGGUAGCAGUAGUACUUGCUACCUCCCUCGUCCUCAAUCCGGACCGCCCGCUCAAAGGGCAGGACCGACUGGGGAACAAGCUUCACCCUGACGUUGUUUUUCUCCAGAACGUGCCUCAGGACCAUCUCGCUGUUGCAGCCCCGUUGCUUUCCCACAUACUCCUCGACCGAGUCGUGGCAGUCCUUCAGGUCGAGGCUCGCCAUAGACGAGACGUACUCCCCGACCACGGACGCCUUGCUCCGCUUGAUCAGGAUCCCGUGGUCGUUGAUCUCCGGGGGUAGCAUUUGUGGUUGGCGGGCGUCACAGCUGAGGACAUAGGCGUCGGCGUCCGGGUCCGUGGCGAUCACGGCCUCCAGAUCGAAAUCGUCGAGCCACAGGGCGUCGUCCCGCACAAUCAGGACGUAGUCGUAGACCGGUGGUGCUGCCUCCCCGCCACCGUGGUCGGCCCGAUCCGGCGGCGGUUCCUGCGCCUCCUGCAGGCUUUUCUCGUACGACAGGAACUCGUUCUUCCACAGCGAUUCCAGUGCCAGAAACAGGCGAAUAAUGUUUUUGUUUCCGUUCCUGUUCCGCUUCAACGCCGACGGACGAUAGUCCUUCAUCGGGAAAAAUUUGAAAAAGUCGAAAUCGGGGUCGCCCGAUCCGAGCUUUUGCUUGAGGGACGACUUGACCGGAUCCAGCACGGGGUCGUACUCGAUGGGAUUCUCCAGCAGCCGCAGGGCACGGAUCCGCGUCGUGGGCGUGUCCGCUUGUAGGAGUGUGUUGUUGUCUUCGUUGUUGGAUUUGUCUUUGCGUUUGUCCACUGCCCUGUCCAGGGCCCCGUUCAUGGCUUCGAGCAUUUUGUGGCGGGUGGAUUCGACAAAGUAUUCGUAGAACUUGCUCUGGCUGUCGCGCUCGGUGUUGCUCUUUGUCUCCCCCGCAAAGCCCGGUACGUCGUCAAAGAGCGCGUCGCGGCCCGCCAGGUGCCCCAUGUACCCGAGGUCCUGCCGAAAGGCCGGCCCCGAUUGCAGCGUGAGGACCGCAAAGUAGUCGAUGCGCACCUUUUUCCUUCCGCUCGCGGUCUCUCGCCUCCCGCCCGCUACGCGCUCCGCAAAGGAGUCAAAGAGGAACCGGUGCGUCGAUCCGGCCACCAGGACCGCCAACGACAAAUCCCCGGGCCGCUUUUGAUAGGUGUUCGGAUCCGGCUCGGACGGAGCGGACCGUGUCGGUUCGAUCGCUUCUAUCUUUUCGAUCCGGAGGUGGUAUUCGUUACCGCUGCUUCUGUAGUAGGAACCGUCCAGAAGGAUCUGGUCCAGAACGAUCAGGGCCACCGCGAUUGCCAGCAGCGGCCGGCAGCACCCCUCGAUCGAAAAGACGCUUUUGUUGUUCAUUUUGGUGCGAGCGAGUCGCUUCCGCGUCACCGGCCGAGCGCCAGAAGGUUUCCAGGGCCACGUCCACAGGGUCAUCUUGUUGUUGCUCCCCUCGCCGCUCAGGGGGUGCCCGUUCGCGAUUUCUUCUGCUUCUGCUGCUGCCGCUUCGGCACGCGUGUUUCUGUUUGUGUUUUUGUUUGCCUUCGUGUUCGCCACGACCCCCACCAUCACCGCUUUUUCUUGUCGGGUGUUGUCGGUUUUUGUUGUUGUUGUUGUUUCUAUUGGAAUCAAACAGUGAUUCUGUGGAUCAAUCAAUUAACAGAAAUGGAGAAACCAAUCAAGCUUCUUUCGAUGAUGCUCUGAUGAUUAUCAUUCUUAUGAUUAUUUCGUGUUGGGACGGUGCCUGUCGAUUGAGCCGUUUUUUCGGUCUUUGCAUCCAGUGUUAUCCUCAUAGCCUUACUGCUACGUACGGUCCGAUUUAUGUCCCAUAUCUACAGAAUGUCACUUAUGCUACGGCACAUGUUGUACAGUACGAUUGUACAGUACGAUACGAUACGCGACGAGGAGUGAUGUCGUAAACUGAAUUAACUGAUACCGUUAAA